AAGCAGGUAUACAUAAUUUGACACCUGUUGCGCGUUUAGAUCAGUCGUUUGGCGGGGAAGAGAGGCUAUCUGCAGGAGCUAUUCGUUAUUAAGCUCAAGACUUAUCAAAGAGUGGAAUAACUCUUUCUGGUUGGAUUUCUAAUUUUUCUUAAAGCUUUGUUCUCUCUAAUACCGAGAUGAAGGUUUUAGUCGCCUUGUUUGUUGCGGUGUUAGUGGAAGUGGCCGCCUCAUGUACUUGUGCCAGUAUGAAGUGGGCUGUGUGUGAGCCUGACCCAUGCCGGUGCACUCUUCAAUUAACUAGGGAUGUGAUGCAACCGCUUGAUUGUACAAAAUUGAUUCCCAAGUGCUUCCUCAUGAAAGCGGAGAUGUUUCGCGCCAGGAACAACCUGACCACAAGAUCAAUUGGUGGGAAGCCGGUAGAAUCGGCCUUUGUGGACAAUGACGGCAUCUAUGACCCAAUGUGUGAGAGUACUGGGCAGUUCAAGGCUGUCCAAUGUAAUGGCACUGAAGUGUGCUGGUGCGUCAACAGUGCCGGUGUGCGCAGAAGUGACAAGGGAGACAAGAACCUCAAGUGUGAGCCUGUGGAGACCUAUUGGGUUCGUCUGCAAAUGAGGCAUAAAGAGACGACUGCUCCUGCCGAUCUUGCCAAAUGGAGGACUGGAAUUGAAAAUACUUUACUGGCUCGUUACAAGUUGGAUAAGAAAUUUGUGUCUGAGGUUCAGUAUGACAAAGAUGGCCGUCUCCUCAUUGUGGAUGUGAAAAAGCCUAUGGGAUCUGCUGAUCCAGACCUGUCCCUCAUGACUUACUACAUGGAGAAGGAUGUCAAAGUUCUGCCCCUCUUUAAAGACGCUCAACCAUUUGAAGUCAGUGUUGAGGGAUCAAAGGUGUCCAUGGACGACAUCCUGGUGUACUAUGUAGAUGAAAAGGCACCCACCUUCACCAUGCAGAGGGUGACUGGUGGUAUCAUUGCUGUCAUUGUGGUGGUCAGCUUGAUUGUGAUUGCAGGAUUCCUGGUUAUUUACUUCCUCGCACGGCGACAGAAGGCCAUGUACAGUAAAGCACAGGCCAGAGAGAUGGAGACCAUGUCUUAAAGCUAUUAAUGACAUCUCAUGACCUUGAGUCUGAUUCUGGGAUGUGCCCCAUGCUGAAGCUUAGACCUGCUGUACAUUUGCUUGUGACCUUUAUUAGAAAUUAAGUGUCUGUUACAUGCGGAGUACAGUUUUUAAUUGUUACACUUUUCUAUUUAAUGAGGGCUCCUUUUCAAUUGGUUCAAUGUUUUAACACUGUACAGUUUGCGACUUGUAAGUUUUUAAUAAAAUUUGUUUUUGUGUUAAA